CAGGGGCGACCCCGGAUGGAAAACGGGGGAAAGUGGCGCGCCGUCUCGUUUCCUCAGAGCGGGAGGCCGACGUCGCCGCUUCGGUGAAACCAGGAGGCUGUAACAAGCUCUUCAGCUAAUAUGGCUGAAGUAGAAGAGAGUGGAAAGCUAAAGAGAAAGUUGGAUGAAGAACCUGAUAGCAUAAGUAUCAAAUGCCUGCGUAGGGAUUCUCCUGUUGAAAAUGAUGAUAAAACUGCAAAUAAGGAUGGUGAAGAUCAAACAGGAGAUGGAAAUGCUCUUCAUCAUGAAACAGAAUCUGAAGAAGUUCCUAAAAAGAAAACACAUUCAGAAGAUGUAGCAGCGCAUUAUAAUAAGCUUGAAGAGGUUGGAUUGGAACAACGUAGCACGAGUCGCAUCUUCUAUCUCCGAAACUUUAACAAUUGGAUAAAGAGUGUGCUAAUUGGUGAAUUCCUUGAUAAGGUACGGCAAAGAAAACAAAACAUUACAGUGUUAGACUUGGGAUGUGGUAAAGGUGGGGACUUGCUGAAGUGGAGAAAAGGCCGAAUCAGUAAACUUGUAUGUACAGAUAUUGCUGGUGUAUCUGUACAACAGUGUGAACAGCGUUACCAAGAUAUGAGAAACCGUGGUCGCCAGAAUGAUAGAUUUUUCAGUGCAGAAUUUAUAACUGCGGAUAGCACCAAGGAACUUCUGUGUAAAAAAUACAGGGAUAGCAAUAUGUACUUUGACAUUUGCAGCUGUCAGUUUGUGUAUCAUUAUUCAUUUGAGACCUAUGAACAAGCGGAUAUGAUGCUUAAAAAUGCUUGUGAGCAACUUUCCCCUGGAGGAUACUUCAUUGGGACAACUCCAGAUAGUUACGAACUUGUAAAACGCCUUGAAUCUUCAGAAACAAAUUCAUUUGGGAAUGAAAUAUAUAAUGUAAAGUUUCAGAAAAAGGGAGAGUAUCCUUUGUUUGGUUGCAAAUAUGACUUCCACUUGGAAGGAGUGGUUGAUGUUCCAGAAUUCCUGGUUUAUUUUCCAUUGCUGGAAGACAUGGCAAAGAAGUAUAAAAUGAAACUAGUCUACAAAAAAACCUUUUGGGAAUUUUAUGAAGAAAAAGUGAAGAACAUGGAACAUAAAAUACUUCUGCAACAAAUGAAGGCAUUGGAGAAAUACCCCGCUGAUGAAGGUUCCAGAUUGGUCUCCCAAAUAAAAGAGGAUUAUGAGCAUGCAGAAAUGUUUAAGAAGGAUGGAAAAGCAAAACUACCUUUUGGAACAAUGAGUAAACUUGAAUGGGAAGCAACAAGUCUAUACUUGAUUUUUGCAUUUGAAAAACUUUAAAAGGAAAAAGAAAAUGAAAUACAGAUGACGUGAUCAAGCAUCCAAACUGACAGCUAUUUUAUAUUUUUAUGUUUAAGCGUGUACAGGAAACAACCAUAGGGCAUGCUUAUAUUUGAGUCAUGGCUGCCUGUCUGUGACAGAUGGAUUUUGUUGUUGUUGUUGUUUGUAUGUGAUGUAUAUACAGUAUAUGUGUUAUGCCUUUUACUUUUUGUGUGGUAUGGCUAGGUUCCUACUUUUAACGAAAGAUGAGUUUUCUGGAAUACUCAGGGUGUUUUCAGGUACAGAGUUGCCACAUUGACUCCUUAAAGCUGUAUCGUGACAGUUGUCACAGUACUGUAUGAAGAUCUGAUCAUAAUGUAAUAAUAUGAUAAUGUAACUGCUGCCAACUAAAAUGUUUAAGGAAUAAAGAAUUUAGUAAUUAUAUUGCUACAAAUUAUAGGACUACAAAUUACAUUGCCAAGGACUACAAGUCUACUUACUGUUACAAUUGUUGCAAAAUAAAUUUACAAGGCAUUAUCGCUUGAGAUCUGCUGCAAGAUGCUGCUGGGUUGUAUAAAGUUGUAGACUAGUAGAUUUGUAAGCACUGAAAUGUGAGUCUGGAUCCAGUAUUUGCUGCAAUCAGUAGAAAUGUUACCCUGUUUGAAACCUGUAGUAGUGGACAUUUUCUUUAGACAACUUUGUAAAGAGCUUACAUGAUUCAACAGCUCUUUCAUGUGUACGAGUUCUGUGUGUGUUGGGAUACCAGAACUUCAUUAUUAAUGGCUUGGAUUUUCUAUUUCACAGUGGAGUAUUUUCACUGUUAAAUUAAUUGUAGUUGGUAUGUAGGGUGGGUAAUAUUUGGAGAAAUACUACUGUGCUGUUUGUAUUCCUUAGAUUGUAAUUUCUUUUCAAAUAGGUAAUGAAAAUUAAAAACAUUUCUCUUCUUAUCA